AUAAUAUUAUUUUGUUGUGAGUAAGUUGGUUUUGAUUUUGGUUUGUGUAAAAAAGAGAGAAGACUGUCCUUUCAGUCCCUCGACGAGUCCGCCACUCUUCGCCUAUAAUCUCCCCAAAGGACAAGAACUCCUCUUCCUUAUAUCUAAAUCUCCCAAAGCUUCAAACUUUACACCCACCCACAUACCCACCUACCUUCCUUCUUCUUCUUCUUCCUUCCUCAUCCACCAAACCCAUCUCCAUUUUCAUCCAUGGAAGCUUCAACAGCCCUUUCACGCAUAGGCUUAGCAGGUCUAGCAGUCAUGGGUCAGAACUUGGCUCUCAACAUCGCUGACAAAGGUUUCCCAAUCUCAGUCUACAAUCGUACAACUUCCAAAGUCGAUGAAACCAUCGAUCGUGCUCAUCAAGAAGGUAAUCUCCCACUCUUGGGUCAGUACAAUCCUCGUGAUUUUGUUCUUUCAAUUCAAAGACCUAGAUCUGUUAUUAUUCUUGUUAAGGCUGGUGCUCCUGUGGACCAGACUAUAGCUGCUUUGUCUGACCAUAUGGAGCCUGGGGAUGCUAUAAUUGAUGGUGGUAAUGAGUGGUAUGAGAAUACUGAGAGGAGAAUUAAAGAGGUGAAUGAAAAAGGGAUUCUUUAUCUUGGUAUGGGGGUUUCAGGUGGUGAAGAGGGAGCUCGUAAUGGACCUUCUCUUAUGCCUGGUGGGUCUCAUCAGGCUUAUUUGAAUGUUCAAGAUAUUCUUCAUAAGGUUGCAGCUCAAGUUGAGGAUGGUCCUUGUGUUACAUAUAUUGGUGAAGGUGGUUCUGGUAAUUUUGUUAAAAUGGUUCAUAAUGGGAUUGAGUAUGGUGACAUGCAAUUGAUUUCUGAGGCUUAUGAUGUGUUGAAGAAUGUUGGGGGUUUGUCAAAUUCUGAACUUGCUGAGAUUUUUGCUGAGUGGAAUAGAGGUGAGCUUGAGAGUUUUCUUGUUGAGAUUACUGCUGAUAUUUUUAAGGUUAAGGAUGAUGGAGGUGAUGGUGAAUUGGUUGAUAAGAUUUUGGAUAAGACUGGUAUGAAAGGUACUGGAAAAUGGACUGUUCAACAGGCUGCUGAGUUGUCUGUGGCUGCUCCUACAAUUGCUGCUUCUUUGGAUUGUAGGUAUUUGAGUGGGUUGAAGGAGGAGAGAGAGAAUGCUGCUAAGGCUUUGAAAGAAGCUGGUUUGAAAGAGGAAACUGGGUCUGUUGUUAUGACUGGUGUUGAUAAGAAGAGGCUUAUUGAUGAUGUUAGGCAAGCUUUGUAUGCUUCUAAGAUUUGUAGUUAUGCUCAAGGGAUGAAUUUGUUGAGGGCUAAGAGUAAUGAGAAAGGUUGGAAUUUGAACAUGGGAGAGUUAGCUAGGAUUUGGAAAGGUGGUUGUAUCAUAAGGGCUGUGUUUUUGGAUAGGAUUAAGCAGGCUUAUGUGAGGAAUCCUAAUCUUGCUAGCUUAGUUGUUGACCCGGAUUUCGCUAGAGAGAUGGUUCAGCGCCAAGCUGCGUGGAGGAGAGUUGUUGGGUUGGCUAUAUCGGCUGGCAUUAGCACUCCUGGAAUGUGUGCUAGUCUUUCCUAUUUCGAUACCUACAGGCGUUCCAGGCUUCCUGCGAAUCUUGUUCAGGCUCAGAGAGACUUGUUUGGUGCUCAUACCUACGAGCGAAUUGAUCGACCGGGUGCAUUCCAUACCGAGUGGACAAAGCUUGCUAGAAAGACUGAUGCUGGUGUUGGGGCUUUUAACUAAGUUUUCCAUGUAAUUUGGCUAGUUGUUGUCUGUCUCUAUUUCGAUUCGGCAUUUGUUAUGUUGGAAAAUGAAUUUGAGUUGUAUCUGUUUUAGGCAUAGCAUAGCUAUCAUUGUUAGCCUUGAAAUUUCCUUAUUUUCUUCAAUCUUAAUAAGAAGUGCAUGCCUUUCAAUGA